CCCGCUCCAGCGGGGAACUUCACUGAGCCGAUCGCAAUCGCGCGCGCAUCCUCGCAAUUUCUAAGUAGUUACAGAUCCACGCCGCAACGAAGCACCAAAGACUCGUUCAACUGUCCAUACUCUUUCCACAGGAGCUUUUGGAUGCCUGCCACUCGCAACCCUCCUUGAAGCGCCCUAGGCCAGUCGAUAUACCUAAACAUCAGCAACGAUUCGGAUUUUGCGCCACGGUUCUGCGCUCAGCGAUCAAUGACGGAGAAAACCGCAGCGCAAACUGGGAUAGGCCCCGAACACCAGCAUCAACCCAACAAUGGGACAGCCGACAAACUGAGAAUCAGUAUAGCAACUAAAGAACACACUCGAGAGGAAGCCAACGUGAAGGAGGAAUCGCAGAAUGCACAAGGCUCCAAAUCUGAAAUAGCUGCGGUGGGGACUCACUCGAGCCCGAAGAAGCGCCGCAAGGUCAAUCACGCUUGUGUAUACUGUCGGCGAUCGCAUAUGACUUGCGACUCGGAACGACCUUGCACACGAUGUAUAAAGCGGAACAUCGGCCACUUGUGCCAUGAUGAACCUCGAGAGUCUUCCAAGCGGUCUCGGAGCGAGAAUGAACAUUCGGCGGCCGAUGACGAAGCCUCUUCGAAUAACGAGUACCCGAAUAUCCAAGGAAUGCCCAGAUCGGUCGAUGUCCAGGAUGCUGCCGGUCAGCAAAUCCUUCCAGAUGCGACAAUUGGUCUAUCGGCUGCCCCCGCGCCUUCCGUGCAGCAGCCAGGUAAUAUGUCUUCGUCCGUACUUCCCUUCAAUGAAUGGAUUGGCGGACAAAGCCAGUUCCAAGACAUGCACUCAUUCCAUCCUUCCUACAUGUUUAAUGCGCCCGAGGUCACCAACGAGUACAACCUUCUUGGGGACUUCCUCAGUAACAGUCUCCUUGACGAUGGAUCCGUCUUCAAGAAUGAUGAUCUGCAUGGGAUUUACUCGGACCCGACCUUGAUCAACUCCAUGGCUACAUUAGGCGGACCAAAUGCUUCUAUGCUUCAGCACAGCCAGCCAACCCAAUCUCAGCAAAAUCAGCAGAACCAACAACCCCAGGGUGAACCUGCUCAGGGUCCUGCUACCACAGUGGUUAAUGACAAAGCAAGAGAGACCUACUAUAUGACUGCAGCAGAUCCUUCGGGUUCAGAUCCGCCAGAGGAACGGAUGAAUAAACUCCUCAAAGCGAAGUAUGACGCAGGACUUCUCAAACCAUUCAACUACGUCAAGGGCUAUGCAAGGUUGAAUCAGUAUAUGGAACGUCACCUCCAGCAAGCAUCACGGCAGAAGAUUCUUCGGCAGCUGGACAAGUUUCGCCCCAAAUUCCGGGAGAGAAUGCAAAGUUUGACCGAUAUCGAGUUGAUCCUAGUGGAGAUGUGGUUUGAACGAAGUCUAAUGGAGUAUGAUCGUGUCUUCGCUAGCAUGGCUAUUCCUGCUUGCUGUUGGAGACGAACGGGGGAGAUCUUCCGAGGAAACAAAGAAAUGGCAGAACUGAUUGGUGUUCCGAUCGAGUCCCUGCGCGAUGGCAAGCUAGCUAUCCAUGAAAUCAUUGUAGAGGACCAGCUUGUGAGCUAUUGGGAGAAAUUCGGAGCGAUCGCCUUCGAUAAUUCCCAGAAGGCAAUGCUCACAAGCUGUACAUUGAAGAACCCCAACUCAAAUUCUCCUGGCGAAGGUAUACCCUGCUGUUUCUCUUUUACCAUACGGAGAGAUAACCAUAAUAUACCGUCUCUUAUCAUUGGAAACUUCCUACCUUCGCAGCGGAAAUCAAAUUAAAUGUUAUGGCAUUCAUAUCCCCUGCCAGUCCUUGCUUUAGUACGAAGUCACUUGCAUUGAUUGAUUCUUUUGGUACAUAGAUAUCCAUUUCUUUGUCAAUCUAUUUUUGCAGGAGUCAGGUUUAUAGCCUCCUGAAUUUAAUAGCGGCCCAGUACCACAUAAUAUACCAUAGUUUGGAAUCAGAAUGCGGGAC